UUUUUAAUAUUGAGUAGCGAAAAAUUUGAUUGGAUAACUCACUUGAUUAUUUAAUUUUGAUAUUUUGCUGAGCUGGCCAGUUGACAGUCGAAGCUUUCCACGCAUGCAUCUUUGUGUGUCCUAAGAGCAACUCGCCCAAACUUUGAAAAACCAGUGAACAAGAGCGAUGUGUAUCUUACGAUAUUCCAUGAAGGUCCUUCUUCUUAUCUGUCAACUGCCCUUGCUCACAAUACAGGACGACGACAAGUGCCAAGCGAUCACAGUGGCCGAAGCUAAGGACCAUCUAAGGCUAAAUGGUGGGGGGCCUUUGGGUGCAUUUAACAAAAACUACAUGGCCUUUACAUUAGACGAAGUGAAAAGAAACUUUAAAAAUCUGAUCACCAUGCAGCCAGGAAACUUCUCGGCUUUGGCCACCUGGGCUCCUUUAAGUUUCCCCGCCUCUUUAGGAAUAGGAGAAUGCAUGAAAGAUUCAGGAAACUGCGAAGGGUGCGGCGUCGUAACAGACCGCGGCCUGAACUUUUAUCCGCGCUACGUAAACGAGGUCAAUUGCAAGAGCUUAGGCAACGGUUGCGGGCAGAAUCGUGGAAAAUGCGAAGCAACAGUUAUGACGCAGAAGUUCUUCAAAGACCACGGUGCUCAAGGGAACUGCAAUAAGGAUUUGAAAUUGGAUUUUUAUGACAUGAAAAUGUGUUGUCAAUGUAUCUUGCUCUGAUGCAAUGGCAAGUGAAAACUUGGUCAAGUGACUCUUCCAACCAACCAAUCGGGUUUAUCGAGUACGAACUUCUGCCAUUUUCUUGGCUGCAAUCUUUGACAAAUUUGUACCGUAAAGUAGGUAAUAGAAGUUAGAGUGAUUCCGAUGGUCGUAGUAAAAAGAAGUUUCCAAUCUCUUGCAUACAAAAUGAUUAGUUUUACAUGUGUAUUGUCUUUUUAACCUGUCCUCUCUCGUCCAGGCAAAGGAAACACGCGGGUGGAAACUAAGUUCGUGUUGAGUUUUAUCAGUAUCAGUGUAACGUAACAACAGAAUGAAAAUUACAAACAUUAAACGAAAUGGUAUUUGUUUGUUUGAGUUGAUAUUAAGUUACUAACGACGGUUUUACUUAGUUAUUUGGACAGCAAGAAUUUGAUAAUCAUCAUUAAAAAGUAAAAUGUUAUACCUCGCA